GAAAGUAGAAACGCAUCCCAGUCAAUCGGCCCUCUCUCUAAUCUCUGUUCCAAACACACCGCAAACCCGUAACCUUAACCUUAACCUUAACCCUUGUUUGGUCCUUUCAACAGUAAAACACCGUCACCCCCCUCGUUGGGUUUGUGUCAAAAAUCCCGACAAAAACGCUGCCGUUGGCUCCCUUCUCUCACAGUGCCGGUGAAUUGCUGCUCUCCCUGCCUCCAACCCAAAAAACGAAAACAGAAAGGAAAGAAAAAAUGUUUGGAAGCGCGGGAUAUAGUAAUGGCUACCACCAAAGCCAGCAGCAGCAGAGCUCGGGAGAAAAACGAGGGGGAGGACGAGGGAGGAGGGGAGGUCGUAGGUCUCGUGACCCUCAUGGGUUUAGGGUUUCUGAGCGCCAGCACCACCACAAUAACAACAACAACCAGCAAGAGCAGAAUUCACCUCCUCCUUGUACGGACUUCGACAUGGCCUACUUUCACUCUUAUGCCCAUGUUGGCAUCCACGAAGAAAUGAUCAAGGAUCGAGUUCGUACUGAAACUUACAGGGCCGCAAUCAUGCAACACCAGAGUUUUAUUGAAGGCAAAGUUGUAAUGGAUGUUGGAUGUGGCACAGGCAUUCUUUCAAUAUUUUGUGCUCAAGCUGGUGCAAAACGGGUUUAUGCAGUGGAUGCAAGUGAUAUUGCAGUGCAGGCAAAUGAAGUUGUGAAAUCAAAUAACUUAGCUGAAAAGGUCAUUGUAUUGCAUGGACGAGUCGAGGAUGUUGAAAUUGAUGAAGAGGUUGAUGUAAUAAUUUCAGAGUGGAUGGGCUACAUGCUUCUGUAUGAGAGUAUGCUGGGGAGUGUAAUUACUGCUAGAGAUCGGUGGCUAAAACGUGGAGGUCUUAUUCUUCCUUCCAUUGCAACGUUAUACAUGGUACCCAUCACGCAUCCUGACAGAUACAAUGACAGCAUUGAAUUUUGGCGCAAUGUCUAUGGAAUUGAUAUGUCUGCAAUGUUGCAGUUAGCAAAACAGUGUGCUUUUGAAGAGCCGUGUGUGGAGACAAUAACAGGAGAGAAUGUUUUGACAUGGCCACAUGUGGUUAAGCAUGUGGACUGCUACACCAUCCAACUCCAUGAGCUAGAAUCUGUGUCAACGAGAUAUAAGUUUGAGUCAAUGAUGCGAGCUCCGCUGCAUGGAUUUGCAUUUUGGUUUGACGUUGAAUUCAGUGAGCUGGAAAAUUCUCCUACAAAUAAUCAUGCCCCAUCCUCACUUUUUGGCUCAUCGAAUAAUAAUCCUGUGGAUGGUAGUCAGAAGAAGAAACGAGCCAAUCCCAAUGAAGUACUUAGACUCUCCACAGCACCAGAGGAUCCUCCAACACAUUGGCAACAGACAAUGAUAUACUUUUAUGACCCGAUAGAGGUGGAGCAAGAUCAAAUCAUUGAAGGCUCUCUAACAUUAUCGCAAAGCAAAGAAAACCGUCGAUUUAUGAAUAUUCAUCUUGAGUACUCUUCAGGUGGCAGGUCCUAUGUAAAAGAGUCAGUCAUGCGAUGAUCCAUUCAAGGUACUACUUGGUUCUAUUGAAGCUUCACAACUGAUUACCUGGCUAUACUUUUGUGCCUCUUAAAUAUCAACGGGCUUUGUGUUUUCAGUGAGAUCCCUCACUUGACUUCACAGAAUGAGAUAUUUGACUAAUUUUUACCACACAAAGCCGUGCAUAGAUGAAGCUAUUUGUUUAACUUAGUACUAAAUUAAGAUAGGUGAAAUUUUGACAUUAGCUCUGCUGGUGGUGUAAGAUUGUUGUUUCAAACAGCGAAGACAGUACUCCUUGUUUAAUUUUUUUUCUUUGUGCACACGCAUGAGGUUGUAUUUUAGUUAUGAUAGAUAUAGAGGACAGUCUGUGACAUCCGGUCAUUCAUGCCUUUGUUACAUUCUCAAGUUCAGGAUGCUUUGUUAACAGAGCUCCUCUGCAAUUUAACUUGACUUUACUAAA